AUGGCCUUUGGAUACAAGAUCUCUGCCGAUCCUAUCGGAGAGUCAGUUGAUAAAAAAACUUAUCAAGGAAUGAUUGGUUCGUUGACGUACUUAACAGCAAGUAGACCAGCCAUUGUGUUCACUACAAGUUUAUGUGCUCGAUACCAGGCUAACCCUAAAGUAUCACAUUUGAACGCAGUCAAGCAAAUCUUCAGACACCUUAAGGGAAGCAAAGCUCUAGGCCUAUGGUACCUAGAAGGAAAUAACUUCAGCCUUCAAGCCUUCACCGAUGCGGAUCAUGCUGGAUGUAGAUUAGAUCAAAAGAGUACUUUUGGUGGUUGCCAAUUUAUAGGAGGAAGAUUAGUCAGCUGGUCUUCAAGGAAGUAG